GAUGUGCUCGUAGAUCCUCCCAUCGACAUGACAUUGUUUGUUAGGGGAUCAAUAGUGGGCCUCUACUACGCGCCACAGUCUAAGGAUCCAGCAAUUACAAUGUACUUAUCUGGCGUUUCUGAGCCUGACGUGGAACUUACUAUGGAUGAUACAGAUUUUAGUGGAACAGUGUUCGAAGGCGGUGUAAGCAGAAAUGAUGUUAACGAUAUAUACACUCGAUUCAGGAUAGAUAUCCCUUCAAGUGCUCCACUAGUCCAACAAAGGGGACCUUGGCGCGGUCGGGUAGAGGUGGAAAAUCAAAGGGAAAUCGACAUAACUUCAUUUUAUCAGAGUGUGACAGCCUAUGUAAUGCCAAUCAAUCCGUACGUAGUCGCAUCGGUUGGUGGAUAUGUUCAAUUUCGGACGGAUGCAAAUGAAAACCAAGAGCUUCGAUGGAGUCACAAUGGAGAGGAGAUUCCACAAGGCAACGGUCUUGAAGUAUUCACAAUAUUAAAAGCCACUGUCGAAGAUGACGGCAUCUAUGAAUGUUACAUAAAUGGAAGACGCCAUGAAAAGGAACACGCCUUUUUCAAGCUGUCUGUCAGAGAAUGCCCAACAGGAAAAUGUGGUAUGCCAAAUUGCCGAAUGGACUGUCCAAACUGUAUGUAUGGGGCAGUGUGUGAGCCUCAUUCUUGUUCAUGCCUAUGCCCAGCCGGCUACAUUGGUGAUCUAUGUGAGACAGCGCACUCUACAAGUAAUUUUGGACAGAGCGGCACCAUGGCGUGCAGUAGUGGUGUUGACAAGUGCAUAGGUAACCGAUUCUGUCGACCUCAACCAUUUGGGUGUACUUGUGCAGGAGGUUUUUCUGGAAUAGACUGUGGGACAAGGUGUUCUGCAGGAACAUAUGGCCCCGAUUGCAAGUUAGUCUGUUCGUGUCCGGAUGAUGAGUGCAAUUACCAUAGUGGUUGCAGUUCCAGUACUUGCAGCGAUGGGAUGACCGGCGAUACUUGUACAGAGUAUUUACCAUCUACGCAGUGCCCAACUGGCUUCUACGGUGAACAAUGUCAAUAUGAAUGCAAUUGUGACUCAUCUUUCACAUGUAAUAAAUGGUCUGGAGAGUGCGAUGUACCAGAUGAUAUCAUUGACGUGGUGAUCAUACUUGACCCACCAUACACCGAUAUGUCAAGUGACCCUCAAGUGAUGUUGAGAUUCGUCUCGCUCGGCGACACACAAACUGAAGACAUGGAAAUUAGUUACUUGUCGGAUGACUCUGUGCAGUUGCAAUUCAAUGAUACUGGCGAAGGACCAUUCGCCAGCGAUUCCACUUUUAGGUACUUCACAGAUGGAGACUCAGUUCGCAUGGUAAUUACAAUUGGAGCUUCCAGCUCUGCUGCGCAAAGAGUUGGUCCAUUCUUGGGUACAGCUACCUACAAUGGAUUUACGACAACUUCAACAGCAUGGUUCCAGCCUAAUGAUGCUGAAAUUAGUCCUGUUCAUGAUAUUGUGCGGGUUUCCUUUGGUGGAUUCACCCGAUUGGUAACUAAUGCCGAAGAAGCCAGUGAUUUACGCUGGAAAUUUAAUGGAGAGGUCCUGGGCUGGGCAAAUGGAUUACCAGUUUUAACCAUUACAAAAGCUUAUGUUGAAGAGUCUGGUAUAUACGAAUGUUACAGGGAUGGAGACUAUGACGAUAAGAUGCAUGCAUUCUUCCGAGUAGUUGUGAGAGGCUGCCCAAGUGGUUUGUGCGGUCGUCCAGCAUGUGUUGAUACUUGUCCUAUUUGCUACAACGGCGGCGUUUGUUCAGCUGACACUUGUACAUGUGUGUGUCCUCCUGGAUUCAUGGGAGACCAAUGUGAAACAGUUUGCCCUGAACAAGAUAAUGCUUUCGGACUUACUUGCAGUAAAACAUGCAGUAGUGAACCGAAUGGCAACUGUAGCGGAAUUAGAUUUUGUUACCCGGACCCAUUAGGUUGUGUUUGCGCAUCUGGCUGGAUGGGCCCUUACUGUGACCAAAUGUGCGAACCUGGCCAGUACGGACCAGACUGUGAUAUCCAGUGCCAUUGCGGUGAUGGCGAUUGUAACUAUGUUUAUGGAUGCGAGGUUGGAUCUCAAUGCACGGACGGAUUCAUUGGCGACACUUGCAAAGAUCCUGGUCCUGACGCUGUGUGUACAGUUGGUGAUUUUGGCGAAAGCUGUGAAUUCCAAUGUCAAUGUGAUUUCAGGCAAGCUUGCAACAGGACAACUGGAGAAUGUAUUGACUAUCCCGCUAAUAUUACAACAUGUGACCGUGGUUUCUAUGGUGAAUUCUGUACACUGCAAUGCCCAUGCUCCUUGAGUAAACCGUGUGAUAGAGAAACAGGCGAAUGUCUUGAAG